ACUCUCUCAGUCACUGUCUGUUGUUCGCUUGACUUUAACGGUUCGUGGGGAUUAUCACUCCAUCCUGCAGAAGGCAAAACAAAAAAUAAAAGUAAUCGAUCGAGGCGCGAGUGCUAAACAGUUAAAUUACUCUCACUAGUUAGAUAUUCACACUUCGUUAGGUGUUACCCAGUUAAGAGAGAGCCACAGGGAGCGAGAGAUAGCAAGACCACCCGCGGCUGGCAGAAAGAUUUACACUAGCGACCAACAGAAGAGGAUCAGCAGGAAAAAAUGGGUAAAGCUCAGAGCAAGCGUUCAAUCGACAUUACCACCGACCCCAAGAAGGUGGCGGAGACCGACGAGGUGGCCGGCAAGGUGGAGAAGAUUGACGUGGACCAGAAGGCUGAUGCACCGGCGGCGCUGAAUGGAGAUGCGCCCACACCCAAAGAGGCUGGUGCAGAUGGAGAAGUAGCAGCGGGAACAGCCGGAGAGAAAAAGGAAACCGAGGAGAACUCUGAGAAUGACAAAGAUCUGACCACCGAAAAGAAUGCUGCAGCCGCUGAGGGUGGCGGCGAUACCGCUGCAGCGACUGAGACAUCGAAGGGCGAGGAGGGCUCUCCUAAGGAGGCGGCGGCUGGCGAGGAUAUCACCCCGCUCGCCGACGAGAGCAUUAAGUCCAAGUCGAAGAAGGACAAAGUAAAAAAGAAGUGGUCCUUCCGCAGCAUCUCCUUUGGCAAGAAGGACAAACAGAAGCCGGCCAAGUCAGAGGAAGCCGUGUCACCCACCUCUGCCACAACGUCGCCAACGACGGCCGAGGCAGCUGCUGCUCCGGCUGCAGAUGCAGCUGCUCCCGCCGAGCCUGCGGCCGCCACGAACGGUGAGACCGAAAAGCCAGCCGAGACUGCCAGCGCAGCUACCAGCACGACGGCUGCCAAGGAGGAGGUUAAGCCAGCUGAGAAUGGUUCAGCGAGUGAGCAGGAGAAACAGGCCAAUGGUGACGCCGAGAAGGCGGCGCCUGUGCCAGCACCAGCUCCAGUUGAGGAAGCGGCACAGUCCAAGCCCGUUGAGGAAGCCACCACAGCCACCGUCACUGCCACCGAAGAAGUCGUCGCCGUUAAGGAGAGCCAGCAGCCAGAGGAGGAGAAGGUGGUGGUGACCAAUGGUCAUGGAGCCGCUGAUGGAGAGGCGCUUACUAAUGGAUCUAGCAAUGGACUGGCCGAAUCCCCAGUGACCGAGACAGCACCGCCAGCAGCUGACAACAUUCCAAGCAACGUUGACGACGAGCAGCCGCAUCAGAAUGGCACCAAUGGCACUGCCACGCCACCACCCACUCCCGUCGCCGUUGAGGCCGAGAAGGGGCAGCAAAUUGAGGUAAAGCACACAAGUACAGACAGCACCAGCGAAAACUACACUGUAAAUACAACAACAACAACAACCACUACCGAAAUCACAGAGAACACUGCACACAGAACAAUAACAACAGAAUUAACAGAAAGAACAUGCACAAGCACCAAGACAGAAGCGACCGUUGCAGCAGCCGCAGAGUUAGUUCAGACCCAAACAAUCCUAACCGAAACAACCAACACGAUCCUUUCCACCUCCCAAACGCAGGCACCAGAGGCCAUCAGCAGCAGCCAAGCGGAGGAGGAAGUUGUGGCUGCGAUCAUCCAAGCGGUUAGCAGCGAGGUUGAAGCUGAAACGGAGGCCGAGACCGAGGCCGAGGGCUUUGUGGUUGUUUCUUCCGUGUCCGAGGCCGAAGUCGAGGUCCCUGUGUCCACUGUCCCUGUUGCCGUUGCCCUAGCCGAGCCCGAGUCUGUAGCCGAACUAGAUCUUGUUUCCCAAAUUGCAACGAAUGUAGCCGAAGUUCCCGAGACUGUGGAGAUUAGGAGCAGCAGUCCACCUCCGUUACCCAAAUCCCCGCCUCCAUCCCGUGUCUCCGCCUUUGUUCUCUCUGAAGAAGAUGUUAUCGAGGACCAGGAACCAGUCAAGGCGAAUAAUGAGGAGCAGCGUGACGAGAUUGAGCAGCAAGCCAUUAGUAUUGUGGCUGAGAUCACAGAGCAGGCGGCCGAAAUUGUUACCGAGAAGGAAAAGCUGCUGGAAGAUGAGGGGGAGGAGAAGGUUAUCCCUGAACCGUCGAACGAAACUACCUUUACAGUUGUACAGGAAAUUAUUUUGAAUGUUGGCAAUGAUUUAUCAGAAGGAGCAAUCCCGGCAGUUGUUUCAUCCUCAAGCGAUGCGGAGAAAUCCGACGUAAUCCCGGCUUCCAUUGAUCCGGCGGAAGUAGAGGAUAUUGCAGUUGCUCCCAUCGUAAAUGAGGAAGCUAUUUCGCUCACUGAGGAAACAAAAAGCACUACUGAAGAGGUUCCCGAUGAACAGACGCCCGCAGAGAUUGAAGUGGUGGAGAUUGUUGAGGAUAAGGAAGAAGAAACCAAACAAGAAGAUGAGAAGGAGCAGGAACAGAAACAGGAAAUCAUUAUCGAGGACACGCAUAGCGAGAACGAGAACGAAACUGAAAUCGACGUAGUCGGAAACAUCCUUAGCGAACAUCUGGCGGAACCGAUCACCAAGGCGGGCGAAGGAGAACUGCUGACAGACUUGGAUGUGAGUUCUACGGAAGCGCUGGCGAGCGAGUGCAGCAACAAGGUGGAUCUCGCCAAGGAUCUGAAGGAGAAGAAUGCCGCGGCAGAUGUUACAACACAGGAACAACAACUGCCCGUUACAUGCGAAUAAUCCUACUCAUAAUUAUUAUAUAUAAUAUUACAUAUUAUUAAAAAGAAAACAACAACAAGAAACAAACAAAAGAACGCAACGUAAAAACAAUUACAAGAUAAACGAGAUAUAUAAAAAACAAAAAACAAGAAAACGAAAAACAAAAAAACAAGUAAAAAAUACAUUUUUUAACAUUUACAUAUUUUAAAUAAUUUUUGUACGAACUUCAUAUCCCUAAUCCAAGAUGAUAUACAUACAACACUCGAGCAAAAGCAACAUCCACACGACCACCAUCCACCCACACAGCCCAACCAAUAUAAAGUUUUUGUAUUGGCGAAGCUCUGAAUUCCAGAGAACAGGGAGGAAUCCUCGCCUGUUCCCGUUCCCGUGUCCACCCAUCAAGCACACACACACAUCUACACAACAACACACAUGCGCAUUACAUACCAUUUCUCAUAUUGAUGAUCUUUGAUAGAAACGAAACAAAAAAGAAGAAAGGAAAUCAACAAAUCAUAUAUACGAUGAACUGCUGAUGAAAAACUGAGGAGAAUUUUUUGAAUAAUUUCUACUAUACAUUUAACUGUAAGUUCGAAGAAAUUUGUAAAGAAUUUUUGGACGAAAUAUUGGAUAAAAUAUAUAUUAUAAAAUAUAAAAACCCAAA